AGCCGGCUCAUUAUUUAUUUUAUUUUCACAAGACGCGCGCGAUCGUGUUUGUGUGUGUGGGUGUUUGUGUGUGUGUGGGUGUGUUUGUUAGAAACGCUCCUCAUCCGGACACAAAGUCCAGGGUCUCUCAGGUCCUGGGCCAAGUUUUUGUCAGAUGAUCCACAGAACUCCAGCAGCGGCAGCCCACGCGCGCCCGGACCCACCCGCGCGCGCCUUCAUCUCCACGCUGCGUUUGAGCACCAACUCCUAUAUCCUCAGCGAGGAUGGACGGGCGGAUGGAUUAGACGUUCCGGUCUUUAGGCAGAGGGCGCAGAUCAGAGACCAGUUCAGGUGACUUCCUUCACUUCUUCCAGUCAUUUUCCAAUGACCGCCUGGAUCGUGUUUGAUCACAACGGAGCAACAAAGGAAAACCACACAUAAAUCUGAGGAGAGGAACACAGAGAGACAAGCUCCGCGCUGCUGAGAAAGCCUGGGUGCGCUAGAACAACGGGAAGUCACGGAUCAUGCUUAUGGGAACUCCCGAUUCCGUCUCAAUAAGAGUGGCUCUGCCUGAUGCUCUAUCAUGACUGAUGGCGAGGGGAGAGUGCGCUUUCAGUACGACGAGUGCCAGGAGCAGGGCGAGGUGCAGGACGACGUAAGGGUUUCUAUAAGAAGCGAGCCCCAAGGUCACGAUGCUGACCCGGGAGGAGGCCAGGGUGAGGAGAAGAAGAAGGAAAAAGAGACGGAUGAGGAGGUGGUGGUGGUGCAGAAGAGAAAGAGGAGCUGUAGCGGGCCCGGCGAAGGAGCUGAGUGGAGCGCUGAAGUUCAUGAAGAGAAGGAACCGGAAGCGGAAGCUGGACCAACGCUGGGAGUUCGAAUCACGGCUCCGAUUCGUGACCCGGACUGCGUCUCCGAGGAUGAGGAGCAGCAGCCGUACCCCGCCCUGGCUCCAGUGGCUUUCUUUUGCCUUAAGCAAACGACGAGGCCACGCAACUGGUGUCUUCGCAUGGUCUGUAACCCUUGGUUCGAGCAUGUGUCCAUGCUGGUGAUCCUGCUCAACUGUGUGACUCUGGGGAUGUUCCAGCCGUGUGAGGACGUUACCUGCCUGUCAGAGUGGUGCCGCAUCCUACAGGUGUUGGAUGACUGCAUCUUUGCUUUCUUUGCUGUGGAAAUGGUCAUCAAGAUGGUGGCCCUCGGAAUUUUUGGCUCCAAUUGUUACCUCGGUGAUAAAUGGAACCAGCUUGACUUUGUCAUUGUCAUGGCAGGGGUGAUGGAAUAUUCUCUGGAUGGCCACAAUGCCAGUCUGUCAGCCAUCCGUACCGUUCGAGUGCUUCGACCGCUGCGGGCCAUCAACAGAGUACCAAGUAUGAGGAUCCUGGUGACGCUGCUCCUGGACACGCUGCCUAUGCUGGGGAACGUUCUCCUCCUUUGCUUCUUUGUCUUUUUCAUCUUCGGCAUUGUGGGGGUCCAACUGUGGGCGGGACUACUGCGCAACCGCUGCUUCCUGGGAGAGGACAUAAAAACAAUGUACAACCUGUCUAUAAACCCUUACUAUAUGUCAGAGGAAGGGGAAGACAGCCCCUUUAUCUGCUCGGCGCCCCGUGAGAACGGGAUGUUGCGCUGCCACAGCGUGCCGCCCUACGUCGAGGGUAGACUGGAGUGCUCACUGGCUGCUCCCCUCCAAAGUUCUGCACUGAUUGGAUCUUCCCCCGGAGUGGGAGGGGCCAGCGUUAAUGGCUGCGUUAACUGGAACCAGUACUACAACAUCUGCCGCCCCGGCGAGCUCAACCCCCACAAGGGAGCCGUCAACUUCGACAACAUUGGCUACGCGUGGAUAGCCAUUUUCCAGGUGGGCUCUUUCUUCAUGAUCAACUUGUGCCUCGUGGUCAUCGCCACCCAAUUCUCGGAGACAAAGCAAAGAGAGAACGCCCUGAUGAGGGAACAGCGCGCUCGCUUCAUGUCCAAUGACUCGACCCUGGCCAGUUACAGUGAGCCAGGAUCGUGCUACGAGGAGAUGCUCCGAUAUAUUAGUCACCUUUACCGCAAAUUUCGACGCAGGCUGCAGAGGAUGUACUACGGCUGGCACAGCAAACGACGUAAAAAGGUAAACCCGAACGGCAGUGGGUGUGGCAGCAACGGUGGCGGCAAUGGUCAUGGCCAGGGUUCCAGCAGAGUCUCUGGUCCGGGCACCGCAAUCUGGCUGAGGCCGAUCCACAACCUCCUGCAGAACCAUCAGCAUCAACACUGUCGCCUUAGCAACGGCGGGCAGCACACAGUCAGCGUGAUGUCCACUGAGCACAUGGACAAAGAGGGAACCGGGGAGGAGCUGGAGAUGAAGGUCCGGGAAGGAAGUACAAAUGGAAACGGCGGGGACAACCCGACCGUCGUCACUCAGGGAGUUGGGUCAUUGCUCGGGCGACUAAAUGGGGGGAUGAACUAUCCGACUAUCCUGCCAUCCUUCGUGUGUAGCUACAGCAGUAAGACGCCACCUUCUCACUCAAAGCAGAGCGGGCGCAGUCCGGAGCAGCGACCGCCAACGUCUGAACACACAGAGAYGCUGGCCAAGCUUUACCAACUCAUGGGACAGCACAGUUGCCAGGGGCUGCUCUUUCAGCUGGCAGGUGUGGUGCCCAGCCCUCUGCUUUUGGAGCUGCUCAGCUGUCCUCUGUGCGCCCGGAGCCUCGAGACAUUAGAACUGGAACUAGGAGACCUGGAGGCAGGAAAGAGCGAGGCUGACGGACUGCAUGAUUUCCCCCAGGGGAGUGAUCUAAGGGGAUGUAGAGGCCAUUUUCGACGACGAAGGUUUGCGGAGUACAGGCAUGGAGCCUUUCGGGCCUGGAUGCAUUUCAGGGAAAAACUGAGACGGAUAGUUGAAAGCAAAUAUUUCAACCGAGGGAUUAUGAUUGCCAUUCUUGUCAACACCCUCAGCAUGGGGAUAGAGUACCAUGAACAGCCUGAAGAACUGACGGAUGUGUUAGAGAUUAGUAACAUUGUUUUCACCAGUAUGUUUGUGCUGGAGAUGGGCUUCAUGCUGCUGGCUUUUGGCUUUUUUGGCUACAUCAGAAACCCAUACAACAUCUUUGACAGCAUCAUYGUCAUCAUAAGUGUGUGGGAGAUAAUUGGUCAAGCGGAUGGUGGACUGUCAGUCCUCCGGACAUUUCGUCUAUUGCGGGUGCUGAAGCUUGUGCGCUUCCUGCCUGCCCUGAGGAGACAGCUGGUGGUGCUGAUGAAGACUAUGGACAAUGUGGCCACCUUCUGCAUGCUGCUGAUGCUUUUUAUCUUUACUUUUAGUAUACUGGGCAUGCAUCUGUUUGGAUGUAAAUUCGGUCUACGAACGGAGAAUGGAGACACCAUCCCUGACCGCAAAAACUUUGAUACACUUCUCUGGGCCAUUGUCACUGUAUUCCAGAUUCUGACCCAGGAGGACUGGAACGUGGUGCUGUACAAUGGCAUGGCUUCUACCUCUCCAUGGGCGUCUCUCUACUUCGUUGCUCUCAUGACAUUUGGCAACUAUGUGCUCUUCAAUUUAUUAGUUGCCAUCCUGGUUGAAGGCUUUCAGGCUGAGGGCGAUGCUAAUCGGUCAGAGUCAGAUGAUGAAAAGAAAUCCGACAAUUUUGACGAGGAUGAAAAGGUGGAACAGUUCAGAGACACUGAGCUAAAAAUGUACUCUCUGAUGCUGACGGCUAAYGGUCACAUUGACCCCCAUGGCACUGUCGCUCCUCCCAUAAUUAUGCGCACAGCAGCGACGCCCAUGCCCACCCCUAAAAGCUCUCUGGGACCUGAGUCCAUCUUAGAGGAGGAACUGCUGUACAAGGAGGGGCUAUCUCAACAAAGUGAAGUUGGAUUGGGCUUCUCUGAGGCUGGAGUGGAUAAUGUGGGGUCUCGCCGAGGAAGCUCGACGUCAAUAGACCCCUCAGCCUAUGACCAGCAAUCUUUAAGUUUCUCAAGUCCUGGUCGGCGUUCUCCUCUUCCCCUCCGUGGUUCAGGCAGCUCAUGGGGGAGCCGCCGCUCCAGCUGGAACAGCCUGGGACGAGCACCGAGCCUGAAAAGACGAGAUACCAGUGGAGAGAGGGAGAGCCUGUUAUCAGGGGAGGGUGGAGAGGAGGAGGAGAACAACCAGGAUGAAAACGAGGAGGCUGGGGUAAACAACAGACUAAAGCCGGGGUCCAUGGAGCUGCAACCGCCGUCUCCUGUUUGCUCCUCCGUAAGAGCAGAAUAUGGUGACUGUAAUGGGAGGACUCUGACAUACAACCCAAAUGUGAACUCUGACCUCAAAGAUGACUUCUCAGCGGAGGAUGACUUGGAUGAUGAUAGUCCUUUCUGCUACUGGGUACGGAGAGAAAUCCAAAACAUCAAGCCCCGCUGGUGUAAAGAACAUGAAUCCUGGACGCUUUACUUGUUUUCUCCAGAGAGCCCAGUCCGUAGCUGGUGCCAAAGCGUGAUCUCUCACAAACUGUUCGACCAUGUGGUUCUGGUUUUCAUCUUCCUCAACUGCAUCACCAUCGCUCUGGAGAGGCCUGAUAUUCCUCCCAGCAGCAAGGAGCGAGUGUUUCUGAGUGUGUCCAACUACAUUUUCACUGUGAUCUUCCUAGCAGAGAUGGCCAUUAAGGUUGUAGCUCUUGGGUUCUGCUUUGGGAAGCAGAGCUACCUUCAGUCCAGUUGGAACAUUUUGGAUGGAGUUUUGGUGUUUGUGUCUCUGGUGGACAUCCUGGUWUCUCUGGCCUACACGAGUGGAAACAGGAUCCUGGGAAUUCUCMGAGUCCUUCGUCUUCUACGCACACUUCGUCCACUCAGGGUGAUCAGCCGAGCCCCAGGUUUAAAGCUGGUGGUGGAGACGCUCAUCACGUCCCUUAGACCUAUUGGGAACAUUGUUUUGAUCUGCUGCGCCUUCUUCAUUGUGUUUGGAAUCCUGGGGGUCCAGCUUUUCAAAGGGAAGUUCUACCACUGUGAGGGUCUGGACACAAAAAACAUCACGAACAAGUCUGACUGUGAACAGGCCAAAUACCGCUGGAUACGAAGAAAGUACAACUUUGACAACUUGAUUCAGGCUCUGAUGUCUCUGUUUGUGCUGUCGUGUAAGGACGGCUGGGUUAACAUCAUGUAUGAUGGACUGGAUGCAGUGGGGGUGGAUCAGCAGCCUGUGAGGAACCACAAUCCCUGGAUGCUGCUCUACUUCAUCUCCUUUUUGCUCAUCGUCAGCUUCUUUGUGCUCAACAUGUUCGUCGGCGUGGUGGUGGAGAACUUCCACAAGUGCCGACAGGACCAGGAGGAGGAGGAGGCGCGUCUGCGGGAGGAGAAGAGGCUCAAAAUGAUAGAUAAAAAGCGCAGGAGUAAGGAGAAUGGAGGGGCUGAAGCCAAGCAGAGGCCGUACUAUGCGGACUACUCCCCCGUGCGUCUGUCCAUUCACACACUGUGCACAAGCCACUAUCUGGAUCUCUUCAUCACCUUCAUCAUUUGCAUCAAUGUCUUCACAAUGAGCAUUGAGCACUACAAUCAGCCACAGUAUUUGGAGGAGGUUCUUAAGUACUGUAACUACGUGUUCACCUUCAUCUUCGUCAUCGAGGCCCUGCUAAAGCUUGUUGCAUUUGGCUUCCAAAGGUUCUUUAAAGACAGGUGGAAUCAGCUGGAUGUAGCUAUCGUUGCAUUGUCCAUAAUGGGCAUCACUUUGGAGGAGCUGAAAAUGAAAGCAGCGUUGCCAAUAAAUCCUACCAUCAUCAGAAUCAUGAGAGUACUCAGAAUAGCAAGAGUGCUAAAACUUCUGAAGAUGGCAAAAGGAAUGAGAGCUCUGCUGGAUACUGUCAUGCAGGCGCUGCCGCAGGUGGGAAAUCUCGGCCUUCUCUUCAUGCUGCUUUUCUUCAUCUAUGCUGCUCUGGGAGUGGAGCUCUUUGGCAAACUGGAUUGCAGUGAAAACAAUCCAUGUGAAGGUCUGAGUCGUCACGCAACGUUUAAGAACUUYGGGAUGGCCUUUCUGACGCUGUUCCGAGUAUCCACUGGAGACAACUGGAAUGGGAUUAUGAAAGACACCUUACGGGAGUGCCUGCCAGAUGAUAGCCACUGUAUCACAUACCUGCCUUGGAUCUCUCCGAUUUACUUUGUCACCUUUGUGCUCAUGGCCCAGUUUGUCCUGGUCAAUGUUGUGGUGGCAGUUUUGAUGAAACAUCUCGAAGAGAGCAACAAGGAGGCUAAGGAGGAUGCAGAGAUGGAUGCAGAGAUUGCAUUAGAAAUGGAAGAGGAGAGGCAACGCAGACAAAGCACAGCAUCCAACAAUAGCUCUGUUGGAGGGACCUAUAUUGGGUCAUGUCCCAGUUCACCUGGAGAGGAGGAAGAGGAGCAAUGCAAUGACCCAGACCUGUCCACACAGAAAAUAUCUGUGUCCAGGAUGCGCUCUCUACCAUAUGACAGCUACAUGUUUCAACCCGUGCGCCCUGCCAGUGCCCCCCACCCACUGAAGGAGGUAGACCCCAGUUCCCAGCACCAGCAUUCAGUUUCAGUGAUGUCGGUCCAUUCCCAGCCCUGCGAGAGCCGCUCGCUGCUGCAGGUUCCAAACAUUUCUCCUCAUCACCCUCAGUCAAGUCCCACCCUCACAGUUCCCUGCAUUGCCUCACCAGUGUCCUGCCCCUCACCACGAGCCCUGCACAGACAGGUGGCAGUUAAAGUGGACUCAGUGGAGUCCCACAGUUGUGAGAAACAAGAGAGGUCAAACUCUGCUCAUCUUCUCCCACACUUCCCGUCUCCUCUCUCUACUCAUGCUGCCUCGUUCACGCCUGUGCCCCCUCAUUCCUCCGCUCCCUCCACCCUCUCCCUCCCGCCCUGCUCCCUCUCUUCCUCUGCCCUCCCUCCAUCGCCAUCCUCCUCGUCUCCACUCCCUCUGCUGCCAUCAACCCCCUCGCUUCUCCUCCCGCCACCCCCCUCCCCGCGUCUUCCCCCGCGCUCCGGGAGCCUCCGCCGACCCAGGGCGCCGUCCGCCGUCUCCCUCUCGGACCCGGCCGACGAGGAGGUGUAUCACAUAACCAGCUCUGCCCGCUGCAGGUGGAGGGAUGGGGAGGGCGUGGAGCGGGAGAGCAGACGAAAAGCCGGCCGUAGCCACUCCCUCUCCCCUUACACCCUGCCGUGCCCUCUCGACUUCAGCUUCAGCUCCUUGUCUCCUCCUCCCACGCUGCCACCUUCCUCCGCAAGGAGUGCGCACAGUCUACUCGAGGCAGGUUUGAAGGAUGCCAAGAAAGGCUUAAAGGUUGACAACCACGGCUUCCUGGACAAACUGUCGCCAGAAUCUGCUGGGUACUCUGAAGACCAGCGUCGCCACUCCAUUGAGGUUUGCCUUCCACAGACCAUUCCAACCAGUGACAGUCCACGCUUGACAACAGAGCACUGCCAGCCUGGAAAAGGCACUCAGGCAUUUCCUGUGAGGGUGCAGUCAGUCGGUAGCAGCCACAGGAAGAAGAAGACAAGCCCGCCCUGCAUAUCCAUCUACCCACCCUCUGAGAAGGAACACCCCCGACUUCCAUCACCCCCAAAGUUGGCCGACUGCAGCAUGAUGCUAAGACGCCGGACACCAUCCAGUGACCUGACGCCGCCAUCAAACCCCUUCACAAAAGACACGUCGACCAACAUCCGCACACAGAUGCAAACACCUUUGACGCCUAUCCACGUGCCGCUGCAAGCACUAUCACCAUCUCACGUGCUGACACCUACCCCAACGCACGCUCCGCCCCUCACGUCUACGCCCACCCCGUCCAACAUCCCGAUCAGCCCGAACGUCUUCAUCCAGCCACACGCCCCUCUUCUCCCCACCGUGAUGCACUUUUCACAGACGCGCCCUCUGUCUUCUGCCGCAAGGCACCCACCCGCUGCGGGAGACUGCAUCCAAGUCACCCAGUUUAACUUUGACCAACCACAGUCCAGGUACGUGAGCAGCCUGUCAGCAGCCAUUUCGGACCCAGAUCCGGCCACUUGCUCUUCCCCGUUCGACAGCAGACUGGGAAGCAGCGCAGGUUUUAGCGCGAAGAAUCGGAGGACCGCUCAGUAAACACCGAGUGUUACAUUCUGACGAGGAGGCUACUUUCAAAGCUGGAGAGCUGGGGUCCCUGACGACCUCACCCAGGUUGAGAAAAGAAUAAAAUAUGGAAGUUGGGUUUGUGAGCUUUUUAUUUUUAGUUUGUUCUGGUUUUUGAUAAAUAAUAAUAAGUAAAAAAUAUAUAUAUAUACAUCACUUUUUCCAGAGAAAAUCUGGAACAGACUCUUCCUUAAACAACGGUGAUUUUUAAAUAUAUAUAUAUUUGCUUGAAAAACAUGAGAUCCUUGAACUGUACAUGGUGUGUUAACGGCUGAUCCUCUUCACACAUCGGGACUGAAGCCACUUUACUCUGUAGCCAAAGUUUUUUUUCACACACUGUCCUCACUCACGCGAGCCAAUCAGGAAGCAGCGUCUGGCUGAUCUCCGCUGACCCUUCCAGGAAGCGGUUUGUGAAAUGCGAGCGUGAGGGACAGGAUUGAUGGAUUAUGCAACUUCAGGUUUUUUCACGGGGUUCUGCUUGCCCCCACCCCUACACCGUCUGCUCCUCGAUCACAUUGAUCCGAGCAGAAGUGCGAAUGAAUGCGUGUUUUCAUACGAGAGGGGCAGCAGUGCCGAGCUGUUAUUUUUUUCGUUUUCCUUAUUUUUUUUUUUUUGGUCAAAUGUAAAUAAAAGGAAAAUAAUGUAUUUGGUGAGAUUUUAAAAUAGCUCUAUCCAUAUGCACAUAUUUUUAUAGAAGUUCUAAAAUGGUUUUUGCACACAGAUUUAAACUUUGAGUUGCUUGUUGUUGUUUUUUUCUUUUUUUCCUCCGUUGUCCUCUUGUGUAGUAUGUGUUUUUGUUUGGAAAAAAAAUAAUAAUUCUGAGUGAUAAAGGAAAGAUCCUCUCAAACUGCAAAUUGAGGUCACGGAGAGGUGUUUUAUUUUUCUAUUUUUAAAAAGAAUCAGAAGCGAA